UGGCCUGACCGGUUCGGCUGUCCAUCGACGACCAAGGUCGCCGUACGGUUAUGCUGGUGGCAUCGCUGCAGGUGGCCGCCAGCAAAUGCUGUCAUGCCGCUGCCAUGCCAGCCGGCGGCCCGGAGCCGGCCGCUGGUCACGACGUGGUGCCUGAUCAGGCCGAUCCGUUCCUCUCUGCGCGUAGGACUCGCACUGCUGCCCCUGAUCGUCCUGCUAAUCUUGGCCGGCCGCAGUCGUGCGGCUUCCUCGCAGGCCGCGACCCGCUACGCCUCGCGCAUCGUCGAGACGAAGAGCGGACAAAUACGUGGGAUACUUCAGGAAUUGAACAGCCGGCACUUAGAUCCUGUGGAAGUGUUUCGCGGGAUACCUUACGCUGCACCUCCCAUAGGAGAUUUAAGGUUUCGCCCUCCGAUCUCGCCAAUACCUUGGAACGGUGUCAAGCUGGCGGAUACAUUCGGCGCGGUGUGCCCGCAGAAUUAUCCGGACCUCACCAAUAACACUGCCGCGCUCUUACAGAUGCCGCAAGGCAGGUAUCAGCAGCUCAAAAAGAUGGUCGUCUUCCUGGCCAACCAGAGCGAGGACUGUCUGUUCCUCAAUCUGUACAUACCCGGAAGUGGAUCUCGAGGACUGGAGGCGCCGUAUGCGGUGAUGGUGUACGUACACGGCGAAAGUUUCGAAUGGGGAUCGGGUAACUUGUACGAUGGAUCGGUCUUGGCGAGCGCCGGCCACGUCAUAGUGAUCACCCUCAACUAUCGUCUCGGCAUCUUAGGAUUCUUGAGGACUCGUCCGUUCCCUGACCGAACGAGCGGUUCCGGCGGGAAUUUGGCUUUAAAGGACAUCACGAUGGGACUCCGUUGGGUGCGUGAAAACAUCGGCGCUUUCGGCGGCGAUCCAACACGGAUAACUCUAAUGGGCCACGAUACCGGAGCGGCGCUGGUGAAUUUGCUAUUGCUCGCUCCUUACAGUAAAGGAUUAUUUCACCGUGUGGUAUUAUCCAGUGGCUCGGCACUAAGUCCCUGGGCCUCAGUGCACGACCCGAACGAUAUCAGGGUGAAGAUCGGCGAACAGAUGGGCUGCUCGAUCGAGGGUGACGAAGACAUAGCUGACUGCCUCCGAGGAGUGCCAUUGAAGACCCUCAUGGACGUGCAAUUACCGGAAAUCAGAUUUGUGCCCCGCAUCGGGCCCGGUCUACCGGUGGACCAAAACAAUCCUGAUCCGGGUCUGGACAUGGAGCGCGCGAGCGACGCGUUUAUUAAGGUGCCGCUGAUCCUAGGCGUCUCCACGACCGAGUCGAAUCUUGACUUCAACAACAACGACAUACAAUUCGGCUUCGAAGAGGAUCACCGGAAUCGCAUCCUUCGCACCUUCAUCCGCAACGCCUACAUUUACCAUCUGAAUGAGAUCUUCUCGGCGGUGCGGAACGAGUACACGGACUGGGAUAAGCCGGUACUUCAUCCCAUCAUAAUACGGGACUCGACCAUGGAGGCAUUGAGUGAUGGUCACACAGUCGCGCCGCUCAUGAGAAUUGCCUUCUACCAUGCCAGGCGGGGCGCUAAAACGUACUUUUAUCACUUCAAUCAUCAGUCCAAGGACAGCGGCUACGUGCAGCGCCUGGGGAGCGUUCGUGGGGAGGACAUACCGUAUAUUUUCGGGCUGCCGUUGGUGGCAGGCGGGGCUUUCUUCCCUCGGAAUUAUUCCCGACAAGACCAGGGCGUUGCGGAGGCCGUACUCACCUUCUUCACCAAUUUCGCCAAGACCGGUAACCCGAACGAGCCGCACAAGAUCGAGUCGGUCGACUAUGGCACGCCGAAGGAGAAGACGCGAUUCCGCGGUCUCACAUGGGAACAAUAUGAGACAGGAUCUCAGCAGUAUCUCACGAUAGCGUUAAAACCGAAGAUGAAGAGCCAUUACCGCGGCCAUAAAAUGGCUGUAUGGCUUAAUUUGAUACCUCAGCUCCAUCGUCCUGGCGACGACGACGUUUCAAUGCGGCAUCAUCACUUCCGGGAACGAGGCGAUCAUUAUUAUGCAGGACCGGUUCGGGACGAAUGGUACACGCCACUGCCGCUGACAGGCACGACUCGGACGAGUUCUUCCUCAACCACCGCCUGUAGCACAUCUACGGGAGGUGAGGAUAGCCUUAUUGAGGAUAUUACUCCGAUUCUGGACGAUUCCGAGGACGAUGCCGAGCUGCUGCAGAGACUAGCGUCUCGACAUUACUACAGCACGACCACUGCCCUGGGGAUCACUGUGGGUGUCGGUUGCAUCCUUCUGGUUCUGAAUAUGCUGAUCUUCGCUGGCAUUUAUUAUCAGCGGGAUCGCGACAAGAAACGUGCCGCCAUGGAUUGUAGGCCGAAUGGACAGGAGUCUCUGCCGAUGACCACCAGGACGUCCAUGAAGCCCUCCGACAAUCCGCGACCCGCUCACGAGCCACCCCCCUCGUACACAACUCUCGCGAGAAGCCCUUCCAUACAGGAACAGCACCAGCUCACGCCGCCCCAGGACGGUCAGGACAGCGAGCAGUUGAGGAAAGAAUCGAGAUCCGGUCACGGGACCAGCGGCAACGCCCACAAGGACGCGAUCCCUCCGAAACCGCCCGCCAGGACCACCAGUUCGCUCACCACUGCCGGCAGUACCAACACUAUCAAGAAACGCGUGCAGAUACAAGAGAUAUCCGUAUAGCAUUAGGGGUUGCCCCCAGAGGGCAACGCACGGACGAAACGAGUGACCUUUAUGGACUCGGAAAAGGCCACCACGGAGUCCAGAUUUUGAACGAUAUAUUCUCUUAAUUGAUCAUUGAACAGUGCCGAUUAAGGAAAUUUUUCCUUUAUCGCGAGAUUACAUGAACAUAACUCGAAUUCAACAGAAAAGGACUUGUAACAGAUCUUUUACAGUGUGCAUUGUGUGUGAAUUGUGGUCAAAAAGUCAACGUAUAAUCGUAACAGCGUGUCUGACUUUAGCCGUUACUAUUGAAAAUGGUCGAUUGUUGUCGACUGUUACUACUUGCGGCGCGAUACUGCGACAUGACUGACUAUAACGCGGUCGCACUACUGAACUGUUAUUACUGCUAGAUUGCGCCUGACUAUUACUACUUAGGAAACUUUGUGACCGGUUCUUUCUACCGGUAGAAAUGUAAGAUUGCACGUGGUCGUUAUUUCUAAUAGAGACGUGGAUUGUACGUAGUUGCUAUUUAUAAUGAAACGGAAUAUUCUGUUGUUUUUAAAAGUGAAAGUGAUCGCUAAAGUACCCCUCGUAAUUCGUGGCUACAUUACGUAUAUGUCAGGUGCUCACAAAGUAUUUUAUUCAAGGAACUUUUUUGCAAUUGAAGAUAUCGAUACAAUGUUUCCUAGCCAUUUAAUUCAUCGGAAUAAAUACUGUUUCUCUCAGAGACCGUGGCAAAUAGGUGGCCUUAAGUAUCACUACAGUAUAUAAAGGAAACGUAUCGGUAUUUUCGAUGUCAUAGAAAAAGGGCGCCUGACUAGGAAAUAUUGAAACGAAACGUAUAAUGAGAUUCUUGCUAAGAACCUCCAAAUUGAAUUCUUUGCUAAAAAGCAAUUAUAUGUAUAAGAAUACCGUGUACGAAUCGAUACACAGUAAUCGAUGACGACGACAACGACGAAUCCAAUCAAAGAGAUCUCGAAACGGAAUCGGAAUACCAAAGCCACGUACACGAUCGCAUACCAGUCUCAACGACUGCUUUGUAAAGCAUCGAUUGGGAGAAAGAGGCACUCGAUGCGUCCGUUAUUCGCAAGCGAAACGAAUACGGUGUACCGGGUGUACGGAAGUACCAUUUGUAUAAGUGAAAGUGCACUCGUCGUUUCCGCCUUUGCAACACAUAGCUAGGCUACAUCUUUCGAAACGUAAUUUCGAUCCUACCGAGGAGAACGGCUUAAUAGCGCUCGCGAGUGCUCGCGAAGUUUAUUCGGGCGGAAAGCGCAAUUCUCCAACCGCGUUACCUGUCGCGUAAGUGCACAAUCACCAGUGCAUUCGACGGAGCAAAGCCGUGGAACGGCAUCGGGAGUACGAGACUACGAUCGAGCAGCGCGACGACUUUCGAGAGGGCGGACUCGACCUUCCGCUGAGUGUUCUUCUCGUAGAGAAUAGUCUGACAGUCAUAAGUAUCGUACCACCACGAAAUUGCGGCUAGAACUCUUUAUCGUGAUGAUAUAUACACGUUCCGUAAAAUUAUUUCCAUCCGCGUUUUGUUCGAGAACCUCGAGAAAUUUCGCGAUUGACAGAGCAUCUUGUAUAUCCUUUUCUACAAUACUUUGACACGC